AUGGCCAUCAGAGGAGUAUAUAGUUCUUCCCUUGAUUCGUUGUUGUCAAGCAGUGGUUUGCAAAUCAUCUUGCAACAUUGCAUCCCAAGACCUCUCGCAAAAUCCAAUCUCAUCAUAGUGAACAUGUUGUUCAAGAUCCUCGUCACUCUCCUGACCAUCGGUGCCAAUGCACUGCCUGAAGCUGUCCCACAAGCCGGCAGACAGACCACGACAUUGACAAAGACCAGAACUGUCACUUCAACGAUACCCGCUCGUACAGUCACAAGGACUAUUACCACCUGCACAGUGCCGCCGCGUACUGUGACCCGCACGACCACCAGUACUAUCAGGAGUCCAGCGAGUACAUUAACCAGAACCGUGACCCUCACCUCCACCAAAACCAUAACAUCAACCUCCACCAAACCCGCCAGCACGAUAACAAAACCCGCCAGCACAAUCACCAAAACCGUAACAUUCACCCCAACCCCAACCUCCACCCCACCCCCCSCCUACCYCSAACUAAUCAUCCACGGCGACACUCUCUGCGGCACCUCCCCCGUAAAAGGAAACCAACAAAACCCCAACGACGACCAAAUCACCGUCCCCGUCAUCGACGGCGUCUCCGAAUGUCGCGACACCAAACGUAAUGUCGGAAGUUUCUCCUGGACGAGACUUAAUCGUGCGUCUUUUGGGAGAUAUUGUCGGAUUUAUUAUUAUAGUGAGCAGACUUGUCAGGGGAGUAUUAGUGAUUUGAGUUUGGAGAAUGAGAAUAAGUGUAUUAAUGUUGGGAGUAAGAAUAUGCAGAGUUUUGAGGUUAAGUGUAACUAG